AUCCUCCCAUCAAUGCAACGUAGCCAUCAGCCUACAUCUUCCCCGUCGAUUGUUCCACAUGAUUAAUCUCAUGUUUUUACUUCCCAAAAUACCCUUCCCUCUCCUCUCCCUCUCCCCACUAGCCAUUAUUAUAAACCCCGACUCCAUAUACCACCACUCAGACGGCCAGCGGAAGCUUUUGUGCAUCUGCUUCAAUGGCUUCCAUGGCUUCCAUGGCUACCCUCUUCAUCAAUUCUCCCAGUCCAUCUCAUUCUCUCCCCAGAACACCUUAUACCCAUUUCACGUCCUCUCUUAGAUUCUCCAUUUCUCUCCCUGCCGAGAAGAAGACCGGCCAGAAGCUCCGGGUCUUUUCCGGGUUGAUCGAUCCGGAUGGUGGGAAGCUCGUGGAGCUCUUCGUCGAGGAGUCCCAGAGGAAUGGGAAGAAGAAGGAAGCCGUGUCGUUGCCGAGAAUUGAGCUUUCUCCCAUAGAUCUUCAAUGGGUUCACGUCCUCAGCGAAGGGUGGGCUAGCCCCCUCAGCGGGUUCAUGAGAGAAUCCGAGUUCCUCCAAACUCUUCAUUUCAAUUCGCUCCGACUCGACGACGGGUCCGUCGUUAACAUGUCGGUGCCGAUCGUUCUCGCCGUCGACGAUGCGCAGAAGCAACGGAUUGGCGAGUCCACCAAGGUCGCUCUCGCCGACUCUGGCGAUGAAGUGAUAGCUAUUCUCAAUAAUAUUGAGAUCUACAAGCACAACAAAGAAGAACGAAUAGCAAGAACUUGGGGGACCACUGCCCUUGGUCUGCCUUAUGUGGAGGAGGCUAUAGCCAAUGCUGGAAACUGGCUGAUUGGAGGAGACUUGGAGGUUAUAGAACCAAUAAAGUAUCAUGAUGGUCUUGAUCGGUUCCGUUUAUCCCCUGCUGAACUUCGUGAGGAGUUCACUAGGAGAAAUGCCGAUGCAGUAUUUGCUUUCCAGCUGCGGAAUCCCGUGCACAAUGGCCAUGCUUUGCUGAUGACUGAUACACGUCGUCGGCUUCUUGAGAUGGGCUACAAAAAUCCUAUCCUUAUGCUUCAUCCAUUGGGAGGCUACACAAAGGUGGAUGAUGUUCCACUUAGCUGGCGAAUGAAACAACAUGAGAAGGUGCUUGAAGACGGUGUUCUUGAUCCAGAAACAACCGUGGUUUCCAUAUUCCCAUCUCCCAUGCACUAUGCUGGCCCAACUGAGGUGCAGUGGCAUGCGAAGGCUCGGAUUAAUGCAGGGGCUAACUUUUAUAUUGUUGGUCGAGACCCAGCUGGCAUGAGCCAUCCAGUUGAGAAAAGAGAUUUAUAUGAUGCUGACCAUGGGAAAAAAGUAUUGAGCAUGGCUCCUGGACUGGAGCGGCUGAACAUACUUCCUUUCAAGGUGGCUGCAUAUGACAAAACCCAAAGUAAAAUGGCAUUCUUUGAUCCAUCGAGAGCUCAAGAUUUCCUGUUCAUUUCUGGCACAAAGAUGCGAACACUUGCAAAGAAUGGGGAGAACCCUCCUGAUGGAUUUAUGUGCCCUGGUGGCUGGAAAGUUCUGGUGGAAUACUAUGACAGUUUGGUUUCCUCCGAAAAUGGCAGACUACCUGCUGCUGUUCCAGCUUAGAAGGAAGCCACAUAAAAAUGUACAUAUUCAUCUGUUUGGGAGAAACCUUAUGCGACUCCUGUGUGUGCAAAUUUGGCAGGGAUUCUCUAUGUAUCUCUCUAAUAAAACUCCGCCAAGCAUUGUUGCAGAGACACAUGGCUAGGCUAAAACUAGAGCACCCGCAUUGCAAUCUUGAAACUCUGCACUUGCAUUUGUGUGUUCCCUGUACUAUACCGUAAUUGUGCUUUUAUGAUGGACAUAGACAUGGAUUUUGGGA